UUAGUGAAAACUUACUCUACAGUACAUUGUCACUCUUGGAUGUAGUGGACCAGUGUGGACUUCAUAUGCUGUGCCUAUAAAACUGAAACUAACAGAAAGCAGUUGCAGAGAACUAUAGAUACAAGUUAAGAGAAAAGAAGAUGUGGACGGUAAUGAUUCUGAUGACCUUUCUGUAUACACCUGCAUACACCAUUGCUGUAAGCAAUCCAUGUAAUACAUUAAAUGGUACUAUACUCAUUUGGUCAAAAUUCAACAAUUGUUCGAAAGUAAUCUUAAGGCAUAAAAGCAUCACAGCUAUUGAAACGAGUCAGGAAAGUCGUUAUGACAAACUUAUCAAAUUGGAUAUUUCUGAUAAUAAUCUUAUAAGACUUCCUGAAGAUUUUCUAUUUAAUUCUGUUGGUUUGGAAGAAGUUCACCUAGGUAACAACAGUCUAGAGAGCUUACCAGAAAUGUUUCUCAUAAAUUCAUUUAGGCUGAAAAUUUUAAGUCUUGAAGGUAAUCCACUACGUGAAGUUCCUGCAAGUGUUUUCCAUGUGACUCUUGUUACCCUGACCAUAGACUGCAAAUGUGAAUUGGUCAGCAAUAUUUCGAUGCAUUUAAAUGGCAAUGCUACAAAAUACCCAAAAUUGUCUGCAAUGUGCCAAAUGUCUUCAGAGUGGAUAAACCUAAAGGACUUCUAUGAAGAAAACUGUGGAAAACAAUACUUAGCCCUGUACAUUGUUUUACCAAUAUUGGUGAUAGGAUUGAUCAUUGGAGGUGUAGCUCUGUAUAUGUGGAAGUGGAAGAGAAGUUCAACAAGUUUAGAAAACAAGGGUGCCACAGACAAGUCACCUGCUCAUGUGCAACAACGUUACACGUCAAGGAAUACGGAAGGAAUUGAGACCACUUUAAGCCCACACCAGAGAAAAGAUUAUGAAAAUGUUUUUGUUGAUCACUUGCGGGCUACUGAAACAAAAUCUCAUGGCUUUAUGGGAAAUGAGCAUAAACCAAGCACUCAAAGCAGCAAACAUACAGCAGAGGAAGACGUAUAUCUGGAAAGUGAGAUCAAUGACGGUGACCAACCAAUUUACACCAACACCCAGGGGAUUUAUUACAAUUACUCAGAACCUAGUUUUAUGGAAGGCAUGAACAAAGAAGAAGAUGAUGUGUACAUUUUACCUGAUCAGUAAAGUAUCUGUUGUCCAUAUGAUACAGCAUGUAUAAUGGGUCAGACAUUACACCAAUGAUAUCUUAUUGCACCCAUAGCAAUCAUCAGUAUGAAGCUACAGUUAAUGCCACACAAUCUGCAUUUAUUUCUGUCACAAACUCAGCAGUGUAAGCCUGGCCAUUCAUGUAAGAUACCUGUCAACA